CGCGCCGAGCUCGAGCCCUCUCUUUCCCCCCUCUCUGUCUCCACGAGCUCUCCUCCCCGAAAACCUGCGCGAAGGCGGCCACUGAAGCGCGAGGCGAUUUUUUUUUUCCCACCCCUCUCCCCUUCACUUCAGUCAACAUGGCUACAGUUGUAACCUCGACCAGAUUCACAGACGAGUACCAGCUGUACGAGGAACUCGGAAAGGGUGCCUUCUCGGUCGUCCGCCGAUGCGUCAAGAAGUCCACCGGCCAGGAGUACGCUGCGAAGAUUAUUAACACGAAAAAGCUCUCGGCCAGAGAUCACCAGAAACUGGAGCGGGAGGCAAGAAUCUGUCGUCUGCUGAAACAUCCAAACAUAGUACGACUCCAUGACAGCAUCUCAGAGGAAGGCUUUCAUUACCUUGUCUUUGACCUUGUCACUGGAGGAGAGCUGUUUGAGGACAUUGUUGCUAGAGAGUACUACAGCGAGGCAGAUGCCAGCCACUGCAUCAAUCAGAUCCUGGAGAGCGUCAGUCACAUCCACCAGCAUGACAUUGUGCACAGGGACCUCAAGCCAGAGAACCUGCUCCUGGCCAGUAAGAUGAAAGGAGCAGCAGUGAAGCUUGCAGACUUCGGUCUGGCUAUUGAGGUGCAAGGAGAACAACAGGCUUGGUUUGGUUUUGCAGGAACUCCAGGAUAUCUGUCACCAGAAGUGUUGAGAAAGGACCCGUACGGCAAGCCAGUGGACAUAUGGGCAUGUGGUGUGAUCCUGUACAUCUUGUUGGUGGGCUACCCUCCCUUCUGGGACGAGGACCAACAUAAACUGUACCAACAAAUCAAGGCUGGUGCAUAUGACUUUCCUUCUCCAGAGUGGGACACAGUGACCCCCGAGGCCAAGAAUCUGAUCAAUCAGAUGUUAACAAUUAACCCUGCCAAAAGGAUCACCGCCGACCAGGCCCUCAAGCAUCCCUGGGUCUGCCAACGCUCCACCGUGGCCUCCAUGAUGCACCGUCAAGAGACUGUGGAAUGUCUCCGCAAGUUCAACGCCAGGAGGAAACUUAAAGGAGCUAUCCUCACAACGAUGCUGGUGUCCAGGAACUUUUCAGUGGGACGGCAGCAUACCAGCCCUGCUGCUACCACCAGCACGGCCGCAAUGGCACAGGAAGCAUGCAAAACCUUACUAAACAAAAAGUCGGACGGUGUGAAGUCGCAGGGGAACAACAGUAAAAACAGUGUAGUAAGCAGCAGCAGCACCAAAGACAGCAGCAUGUCAUCUUCAGCACCAAUGGAAGCCCAGACAACGGUUGUACACAACCCAGCUGACGGCACCAAGGGCUCCACAGAGAGCUGUAAUAACACAGAAGAGGAGGAGAUGAAAGGUAGGAAAGCUCGUAAACAGGAGAUAAUAAAGAUGACAGAGCAGUUGAUUGAGGCCAUCAACAAUGGGGAUUUUGAAGCUUAUACGAGAAUCUGUGACCCUGGACUGACUUCUUUUGAGCCAGAGGCUCUUGGAAACCUGGUGGAGGGCAUGGACUUUCACAAGUUCUACUUUGAGAAUCUGCUGAGUAAAAACAGCAAGCCAGUGCACACCACCAUCCUCAACCCCCACGUCCAUCUGAUUGGUGAGGAUGCUGCCUGCAUCGCUUACAUCCGCUUGACCCAGUACAUCGACAGCCAGGGCCGACCGCGCUCCUGCCAGUCAGAGGAGACGCGUGUGUGGCAUCGCCGCGAUGCCAAAUGGCUCAAUGUGCAUUUCCACUGCUCAGGAGCACCGGCUGCACCCCUGCAGUGAACUGAACCCAGGCCCAGCUUUGCCUGAACUCUAAAGCUGUUUGGAGCAUUUAUUCUCCGUGGUCGGAUUGGUACCUGGAUCCUGGCCGAGAAGAGGCUGCUUGGAAAGUUGUAAAAUCACAAAAGAUGGGGAAAAUACAUUACAAUUACAUGGAAAAAAAAACAACCAAAAACAAACCAAAAAAACAAAAACAAAAAUGACCGGCCAACACCAAUCCAGUCCAACCCUAGCUAGAUGAUGUUGGGGCCCGGCUGACGCCAGCCCGUUCUUGCAGAUGGUGCAUGCUUCUGGUGGCAACACAGGGGUGGUGCUGUCCUGGUCCUUUUCUCCCAAGGCCUUUAUUUCCCUGUCUUUGUUUUGUCUGCUGUCUGGAAAAGUAUUAACAUGUUUAAAAAAAAUAUGUAUAUAACAACAGAAAAACCAGUACACUUCCCACUAGUGAAUAGGACAGGGGGGGCAAGUAUAAUAUGUGGAAAACUGAUUUAUUUCUGUCUUGAGAGAGCAGCAGAAUGUCUACUUUAAUAGAAGUAUUGUUUGUUUUACAAAUAACAGGUAUGCGCAGGUGGGGUUUAUGGGAAUGGGAUCAACUAAUAUCGACUUAAUAUCAGAAUUUAACACCCAUUUAAGUGUCAGGUUUGAGCAUCUGUACACAAUGUUUAAAGGGGUUUAGACGAUGGGAUACGUUACUGAAGGGACCUUCAUUUUUAUUUUGUCUUUUUGUAUUAUGUGUUAUUAAGCUGUUUGAUUUUUAUCUCCUGAAUGAUGUAUUUUAAAGUAUUUUGUGUUGAAAAAGGAUAAUUUUUAAUCAAAAGGGGGGUUUUAUUUAAUAGAGUUGUGUAUAAAUAGAUAUUUAUAUAGGAGAAAAGGGGAAACAUGAAUUUAUUUUCAGCGUGUAAGGAGGGUAGUUAAGCAUGAGAGUGUGGGUGUUUUCUUUUCUGCUUUCAGGUCCCGAGGUGUAAAUACAAACACAUACCAUGCAUGCACAUGCACAUGCACACACACACACACACACUUGAGGUCCCUGCGCUCCAGCCUUUAGGGUUGAGCCUCUCUUGAGCUUUAGACACAACAUCCAGGCCAGCUCAUCCUGAAGUUGCAGAAGGCCUGCAUCUGUCUGCCCUGCAGUGUUUGGAGUCGAACACUGGGAGGCGCCAAUCGGUCAAAGUCUGAAGCUCCUCACAUAUCUGAAACUAUCAUGGACACACUCUCGCGCCGACUUCUUAGGUUUAUGUUAUCUGUUUGUGUGUUUUUGGUGUGAAGCAUGAUAUAUUUGAACUAUCUAAUGGCCUGUACUGUUUCUGCACAGACACUUAGGACUCGAUGCUGUUGUGUUCACUCUUCUGAGGGAGUGAACCUUUCUGCAACUUCAGGUUAUGCUCGCCAGAAUCCUUUCCCUCCCACCCUACCUCUGCCCCUCUACUUCCAUCAUUCCUGCCUCUUAUACUCUGCACACGUGUUACACUUGUGACCUUCGCUAACCAGCCCCAUUGCUGUCUUAGUAGCACCACACCGUUUGAUGAUGAUGAUGUCACCCUUAUGCCUGUUUCUUGUUUUGAUUGUGUUCUUAAAAUUUGUAUAUUGUCCGUCUUGGCUUGCUGUACUUCUGUGUGAAGUCCUGGCACUAUAAAAAGCAUGUUAAAAAGGGAAUGCAGCCGAGGGAUUGGAAAAAAAAAAAAACAAGGCAUGAUGGGAAGAGGGCUAUGCCGGCUCAAGGGUUGUGGGACCUUUGCUGAUGGCAAUCAAUGGAUUUGGUCCCUUUUGUCACAGUUUCUGUUGUAAAUGUUGUAGUUGUUAGUGUUUUGAUGUUGAUAUUUUUAUCAGUUGUUUUAGCUAGAACUAUAAAAAAAAAAAAAAAUAGGGGUUGAACUGAAUGGAGGCUGAGACUGCCACAAUUUUUUUUUUUUUUUUUUUUUUUUACUACGCCAGUUGUUCUUUUACACGCUGAUCAACACACACCAGAUACUGAAAUAUUAGAGCAAAAAGACUUAAUACACUUCUGUGGCUAAUUAUAUUGAAGUUUACAACAUCAUAGAAGCACAUGAGAUCAAAGAUUCUCCCUUUUAGGAGGACAGAACAUAUCUGCGUGUCAGUGGUUAAGGUUUGCAGCACUGUUUUUUCACUGUCAUAGAACCUUUGUGAGUGUGUGGCUUUGUACCGGCGGAGGGACGAGGCUUUCCGUCUGUCCCGUCCCUGUGCUGGGCUGGGCUGCUCCAUAGUAACUCUCGCACCCGGUGGGCUGUCGCUGAUGGUCACCUAAAUGCAGAAACCACAAUGAUGCUUCACAUCAUCACAUAUCAUCUGUGUACGUACAUUGACAGUCGAGCAGAUUUUUAAAAACGUUGUGAAUCACAUGUGAGCCACGUCCUACUUUAUCAUCUGCUUCUCUCUGAGUGCUGUGACAUAUAUGACAUGCCAUGAAAACUGUGCCCCCCCCCCUCACUUUUUGCACCAUAACGACGAUGCGUUGUAAAACCAGUCCUGAAACUAUGUAAUGUUUUUUAUGGCUCAAAGUAGUUCUGUUUGUGCUGUGGGCACUGGCCCAGUUGUCUGUCGACGCCACCUAUCUGACAAGAUGCUUUUCUUUCAUUGUGUGUGUAUUUCUGCACAGUUACGGGAAUGUUUCAAUCAAAGAGUAAGAUGCAGGUAAACUUAACAGGUUAUCUAGGAGGAGGGAAACUGAUCUGAGGGAACAAACAGCUUCAUUGUCAGUUUGCCAAAGUAUUUGGACCGUUGGAUCAAGUUGAAAGCGGCAGUUUUGUUCGACUAAUAUGAAGCCAAAUAGACCUUCGCAGCAGACAUUUUGACAUGUUGUAGCAGGAAAGGCACAGGUGUAAGUGAUACCAAUUUAGGCUGCAUCCUAUUUAGUCUUGCCAGUACCAGGGUCCUGGUACUGUAUUGCUAUGGCUUCCUGGCGCACUUAAUGGAACUGAGCCAUCAUUAAUGUUAUUAGUUACACUUGUGUUUUUCUUGACAAAUCCAUUUUGAGUCUACUGAGUGACAGGAAUAGGCAGCGGCUGCAGUGAUCUCUCAAACUUUUUUUUAAAUAUUUAGUUGUAUAAUAAUGAUUCCCAAGAUUUUUGCCUUGUGACUUGUUAAAAUGAGGCUGUAUCCACAUCACAGGUCCACCUAUAAGUGAUUUUCUCCUCUCAGUCUGUUUGAUUUGGUCUGAAACGGUAAAACUACCGGACAUUUCACAAGAAAAAAAGCCAAGUUUUUGUCCCUAUCCUAUUGAAAGCAACCGAUAGUAGCACUAUGGAGCAGACAGGGUUUCCCAAUGAGGCGCAUGCAUGUGACACGAUGAGCAUUCCUGCCAGUUGUUUCACAUUAUUCCACUGAUCUACAGACGGUGAUAAGACGCCAAGAGGCGUAGCAAAAUUCAGUCAUCUCCUUAUCUCUUGGACUUGACCCCAUGUUGGGAACCACUGUUGAAUAGUUAAACAAUCACCAUGACCAUGCAUUUACGUCGUAUUAACAUAAAUUCAGUCCUUUUUUCCCCCUCAUGCUCAGUAACUCUCAGUAACCUCAGCUGAAAGAUAAGUUGUUUCUCUGUAGUACUUUAUUUACUUUUCUCCCUCCAGCUCCAGCUGACUGAGUUUUCUAAAAACAACAAAAAUAUUUUCUCACUAACCCCUAUUUUGCUAUCUAGCCAUGCGGGUAGUUUUGGUUUAAUUGUUGGAUUUUGAGAUAUUCUUUUGAGAUUUCUUCCUCCACCUCUGGACAAUGGAGGCGAAACACAUUUCAUUUUUGGUGCAUUAAAAAUUCAACCGCAAAAUAGUUCCACUGAAAAACGCUCAGAGUAACAGUUUUUCCUAUAUUGUUAAAGUUAAAUCUGUUUCUCUGGACAGAGAUGUUGUAUUUUUAAGAACAUCGUACACAUAAAAUCAGAACUAUCAGUUCUCAGUUUGAGUGAUCCAUCUGCUGAACAGCCCCUGUAUAACAAUAUGACAGCAAAAGGCUCACAUUUUUGCACAGUAGCCAAGAGUCUGGGCACUGAAUUCCAGUACAGUCCAUCGUCUCAUUGGGAAUUGUAUGGAGGCAAAGAAAGGUCAUAAUAAUUUGAGUUUUAUACGCAAAUAGUCACCUAAAUUGUGAAAUUUAAUCACUACAUAAAACUGAAUGUUCAGAUUUAGUUCCCACAGUUUUUACAUUGAAUUAUUUCACCCAGGUGUGUGUGGUUUCCAGUUUAAACUUGUCUUUCUUUUUAUCAUGUGACUAACCUGAUAGGAUAUAAAGCUCAAGGUUGAAUUUUUCAAUUUUUCAUCAGUUUGGUGUCCGAAUCCAAAUUGUAAUCUGUAUUUUUUUUUUUUUUUGCAUAAAUUAUCUGGAAUUUGAAUUUAUCAACCCUUCAAAAACAUUUAAAUCAAGUUUUUAAAAUUGAACCUCUUGAAAUCACGUUCUGGAAAUCUCAAACAUCAAUUCAAUCCACAUAAAUUCAAUUCAAAUUAAAUCUCAACAUUACUAUUCAGUAGUAAUUAUGUCAACUUUAAGUUAAUUUGCUCAUAAAAUUAAAAUGAUGGGCUGUCUUUGCUUCCACAGAAGUACUAGAGUGAACUCCCUGCUUCACCUGAAGUGUCAGUGAGAUCCAUUUUAACAUAACAGGGUAUCGACUUUUUUAGCCUCACUGUUGCACAUAGAAUAUGAGACCAAAUGUAAACUUGUAAACUUUACUGUACACAGAAAAACUUUGGGCUUAUGGCGCCACCUAUGUACAAGAUCAUUCACACUGGGUAAAGUAGCUUGCUGUCUGUUUUGCUUCAUAUAAAUUGUAGUUUUAAACAUGCAAAUGUUUGCAAAACUAAAAUGAACUGCAUAGUUCAAAUACUUUGGCAAAUGUCUAAUAUAUGUUAGAUUAAAACAGUACCUGACUGAACGGAGAGGACAAAAAGAUUCUUGAAACGCUUAAAACAAAUGUUGAAAAAGGAUAAUUAAAAUCACAAUCUUUAACAGUAACACUAUAUAUGCAGUUUUACAAAUGGAAGAAAUAUGCAUGUCUACUUUCUGGUAAUUUUUCACUGUUUACUUGAUAAAGAAAUGGAAAUCUAUGUUACUUGCAUCCUCGAGGUUAUGAAAUGGCUCUGUCUGAGAUAAUCGAAAUCAAGUGAUGUUAUCUCACGUUAAAAUGCAUUAAAAAUUAGCAGACGCCUUAGCUUGUAAGAACCCCUUUGUAAGUAAAUUUAUUGCAGUGUAACCUUAUACUAAAGGGGCUACAUAUGUCUAUACUCUGAGUUUCAAUUGGAUGCUGGAUUUUUGCAUGACCAUACAGUUAAU